GGUUGGUUUAUGAGAUGGACAGAAGACAUGUCACAUGAAUCAUGAAAUGAUGAUAUUUGAUCAAAAAUUGAAAGCGACACCGACGCGCCCGCUCUUUCAGCUCCGUCCGCUCAAAAGUAACCCGCCGAAGUCCCUUUUCAAGCAAUCCCGACCCGCCCGACACUCAGAUCCACCCUCACACUCCCCCUUUUUCUCACUCAUCCCCAGAGAGAGAGAGAGAGAGAGAGAGAGAGAGAGAGAGUUGCAUAUAAACACACACUACAUUCACUAUCAUCUUCUACGUAUUUGCAGGAUUUGCUCUUCGUUUCGCGCAAGUGAAGCCACCUCUCUGCAUUUUCCUCUCUCGGAAGACCGUCCUUGUCUUCUAUGAUGAAAUGUAGCUGGUGCAGAUUAGUGACUGUUUCUGUGGAAUAUUUUAGAAGUGACCAGGUCUGGUAUUCGAUAAUGUUGCUGCUAUUUCCGAGUCUUUUUUGAGCUGGAAGAUACUGAAAAUCAAAAUGGAUCAGAAGUCGUGGCUCUGGAAGAAAAGAUCUACCGAGAAGACAUUAGUAGCUGAUAAAGCAAACAAUUCUUUGAGCAGAUUUGAAGAAGAAGUAACUGAGGUACAGAAACUUCAGAAUGAGAAAAUAGAAUUAGAGAGAGAUCUUAGGAUAUUAAAUGAAAAGCUUUCCUCUGCCCUUUCUGAGUCCAAUGCCAAGGAUAAUAUUGCAAAGAAGCAGGUGAAAAUUGCAGAGGAAGCUAUUGCAGGUGAUCUUCCGCUCAACAAAAUGCUAAGAUGGGAGAAAGCGGAGACUGAAGCAAUAUCAUUGAAGCAAGAAUUUGAUAAGGUUUUACAGCAGAAAGCUGCUUCGGAAGAAAGAAUAGGCCACUUGGAUGCAGCUUUGAAGGAAUGUAUGCAACAAUUGCGUUUUGUUCGGGAAGAGCAUGAGAAAAGAGUUCAUGGUGCAGUCGUAAGGGCGUCGGAAGAAUUUGAGAAAAUAAAGAUUGCUCUAGAUGAAAAGUUAGCAGAGGCAGGUAAGAGGCUUGCCAAAUUAGAAGCUGAAAAUUCUCAGCUUAUGAAAGCUCUAUCAGGAAAGGACAUGGUGAUUGAAGAUUUAAGCAAAUACAGAACUCAACUCGAGGCUGAUUUUAAUGCUCUUAUGUUGAGAGUAGACUCUACUGAAAAAGAAAAAGCUUCUCUGAAGUAUGAGGUUCGUGUUCUUGAGAAGGAGCUUGACAUUCGGAAUGAGGAGAGAGAAUUCAAUUGCCGAACAGCUGAUGUUGCUCGAAAGCGACAUGAAGAGAAUGUAAAAAGAAUUGCAAAAUUGGAAUCGGAAUGUCAAAGACUACGACUCCUUGUCCGAAAACGGCUGCCUGGCCCUGCUGCUUUGGCAAAAAUGAAGAGUGAAGUUGAAAUGCUUGGAAAUGAUCAAGUUGGAACUAGACGAAGAAAAUCAAAUCAUUCACCGACUAGUUCAAUGAAAUUUUGUGUUGAAGUGGCUCCUGAUGCACCAAGCAAGAGGAUCGAUCUCCUGACUGAGCAGUUGUAUACAAUGGAAGAACAAAAAAACCCUCUCAAGGAUACCCUUAACAAGAAAUCGAAUGAACUCCAGUUUUCCAGUACCACAUUUGCUCAUUUAGCUUCCAGGUUAUCAGGAACUGAAGGACAGGUUGAAGAAUUACUAAAAUGCCAACCAACUUAUGAAUCAGACAAAGACUUAUGUUUCUUGAAGGAAAAUUCUCUGGUAGCUUCAUCUGAUGUGGGCAGUGAUGACAAAGCCAGCUGUGCUGAGUCCUGGGCUUCUGCUUUGAUAUCAGAGCUUGAGCAUUUUAAAAAUAAGAAACAAUUCGGAGCACCAUUUCACAGAAAUGUGGGAGCUUCAGACAUGAAUCUCAUGGAUGACUUUGCCGAGAUGGAAAAGUUAGCAAUAGGAUCUGCCAAUUAUUCAGCUGGAAGUUCCCAUCAUGAGGAAGGUAAUACGAUUAAUGGUACUUCAGGAAGAGAACCUGAUGGGCAUUCUUCGUCUGCACCUGGUAUGGAGUUGGCUUCACUUAAUAAUUGUCCAUUAAAACCUUUGAUCUCGGGCCAGGAAAUUCAGUCUCAGUACAUAGAUGCCAAUAGAGUUUCUGGAUGGCUUGGUGAUAUGCUGAAAAUGCUUUUGGAUUAUAGUCAUGCAUCACAAAGAAACCCCCAGGAAGUACUAGAGGAUAUUAAAGUUGCUUUGGCAGACAAUAAUGUAGAUACUACUGCUGAUGCAUCAUGUAAGGAAAAUGAACAUGUUAUUUCGCCAUCACCGAUUAAGUCAUCGAAUUUGGAUGCAUUUGAUGAAGGAAAUGAAAAUGAUUCCUCAAACACCAAGAGAAGUAUCAAGAAAUUGCGGUCAGAUGUGAGCAUAUCAGUACACAAGGUUCUUGAGCUCCUUGAAGGAAUAAAUAUACAAUCACAAGACAAUGGUGCAUCAGAAUCUCUCUCAGGGAAGGAUGAUAAGCUUUUAUCAUAUAAGAAUGCAGAAAACCCUACAGGUUACAUGGUUCGAGUUUUUCAAUGGAAAACUGCUGAACUCUCUACCAUUUUGCAACAACUUGUUCAAACUUGCAAUGAUUUGUUGGACGGAACAACUGAUCUUGAGCAGUUUGUUCAGCAAGUAGGUUCUAACUUGGAAUGGAUAAUAAACCACUGCUUUUCCCUUCAGGAUGUUUCGAGCAUGAAGGAUGCUAUCAGAAAUCAUUUAGAUUGGGAUGAAUUGGAUGGUUCAAGAAGUGAGAGUGAGGUAGAUGGUGGAUUUGCUAAUCACUAUGCAGAAUGUAACAGACUGCAUAUCCGAAGAGAAGAUAUGCGAUAUCUUCCCAUAGUUUCUACUCUGAGUGCCGAUAACAGUGCUUGUCAAAUGGAGGAACUUCAGACUCCUAGAAAAGAAGAGGCAAAUAAGGAAUCCUCAACUGUAGAUUUGGAGGCCAUACUUCAGCCAGAAAUUGUUAAGGGUGAAUGCUUCAGGAUUCAACCUCAAGAAUCCAAAGACAAGACUGAGAAUCAUCUCCCCCAGUUGGAAAUUAUGAAGCAAUCUGAGGGCAAAACUGAAAAUCAAAUUGAAAAACAAAAGAUGAUGAAAGAAGACCUCCAGGCCCAGGUUAUGGAAACCAAUCAUGAACUGAGGAAAGCUUGCCAAAAGAUUUUACAUUUAGAACAUGAGCUGGAAAAUAGAACUAACUCUUGCAAAAAACUUGAAGAAACAUGCCAUGACCUAAAGAUACAGCUAAAGAGCAUGACGAGCAAGGAAAUUCCUGAUAAUGGAAAGCACUGGGAAAAGCAACUUCAAAAUGAUUGGGAGAUCACCGCAGCUUCAGAAAAAUUGGCUGAAUGCCAAGAGACCAUCCUAAAUCUUGGGAAGCAAUUGAAGGCACUGGCUUCACCUAGCGAUGCAGCUCUCUUUGAUAAGGUAAUAUCUACCCCUGCUGACUCUGUUGUUACCAGCCUCUCAACUCCCCGGAAAAAUAUUAGCCAGCGAUCGUCCCUACUUGAUAAAAUGCUAGCAGAGGAUAAGGCUCGACUUGUUGCUUCUCCGGGAACCAAAAAUGAUACUAAAAACGGAAAUGACAGUUCUGCUGUUAGUACCAAUGCAGCAAUGGAAUCUUCGAGCAAGUUCACUGAUCCGAGCGGAACUAAUCACGAUGAGAAAUGUAAAACCUCAGCUGCUUCCAUGGAUAUUGUCCCGUGCAAGAAAAAAGGAGGAAGAAGUUUCUUCAAGAGGCUAUUUAGGCGACGAAAGAAAGGUAACAGCCUAAAAACAUCCUUCUCAUAGGCUGCAUUGCUGCAAUAAUGAUUUGACUCGAGGAAUUGGAUUUUGAUUCUUGUUGUUUGUUACCUGUGCUGGGUAUGUGAAAUGGUAUUUUUGUCUAAUUAGAGGAGUGGAUAUAUAUAGAGAGAGAGGUUGGCAAGUUUUUGUGUGCAUCACUGUAUCUUGAUGUAAAUAUAACCACAAAAGAAAGGUCAGAAGUUCCAUCAGUGCCUCCAGAAAGCUAGUGAAAAGCAUGCUUCAAUCUUUCAC